UGGAGAACCAGUCCCCUUGAUAAUUGCAGCAGGAGGUGGUGGCAGGGCCUACAGAGCCAAAACAGACACAUUUCAUCCAGAAAGGCUGGAGAAUGAUUCCUCUGUUCCAGGGCUGAAUGGAAAUUCAGGAGCUGCAGGUGGUGGAGGUGGCUGGAAUGAUAACACUUCCUUCCUGUGGUCAGGAAAAUCCUUGCUGGAAGGUGCUACUGGAGGAAGAUCCUGCCCCCAGGCCAUGAAGAAGUGGGGGUGGCAAUGCUGCAGAGGACAAUGACCCAGAGAUGGAUGGGGAGGAUGGUGUGUCCUUUAUUAAUCCCAUUGGUACUUUAUACACUCCAGCACUUAAAGUGACAGAGGGGCAUGGAGAGGUGGAUAUUAGGCUGCACCUUAACUGCAGUCACUGUGAGAUGGACGAGUGCCGUGUUGAUCUUGAGACUCAGAAAGUCAUUUGCUUUUGUGAGCCAGGCACAGACUUGGCUGAGGAUGGUGUGUCUUGCAUAGCUGAGCCAACAGUUCAUCUCCCUCUCUCCUUGGUUUUGUCAGUAGUGACCUCAGCAUUGGUUGCUGCCUUAAUUUUGGCUUUUUCAGGAAUCAUGAUAGUGUAUCGUCGGAAGCACCAGGAGCUACAAGCCAUGCAGAUGGAGUUACAGAGCCCAGAAUAUAAGCUGAGCAAACUGCGUACCUCCACUAUUAUGACAGACUACAAUCCCAACUACUGCUUUGCAGGAAAGACCACCUCCAUUAGUGACCUCAAAGAGGUGCCUCGCAAAAACAUCUCCCUCAUCCGGGGUUUGGGCCACGGAGCCUUUGGUGAGGUAUAUGAAGGUCAGGUGGCAGGGAUCCCCAGCGACCCCACUCCCUUGCAGGUGGCUGUGAAAACGUUGCCUGAAGUGUGUUCAGAGCAAGAUGAGCUGGACUUCCUCAUGGAAGCUCUCAUUAUUAGCAAGUUUAAUCACCAGAAUAUUGUGCGUUGUAUCGGAGUGAGCUUGCAGGCGCUGCCCCGUUUCAUCUUGCUAGAGCUCAUGGCUGGAGGUGACCUGAAAUCAUUCCUGAGGGAGACACGGCCCAGACCGAAUCAGCUUUCUUCCCUCUCCAUGCUGGACUUGCUCCACGUGGCUCAUGACAUUGCUUGUGGGUGUCAGUACCUGGAGGAGAAUCACUUCAUUCACAGGGAUAUUGCUGCUAGGAACUGCCUCCUUACCUGUCGAGGGCCUGGAAGAGUGGCUAAAAUUGGAGACUUUGGCAUGGCCCGGGAUAUAUACAGAGCCAGCUACUAUCGGAAGGGAGGGUGUGCAAUGCUGCCUGUCAAAUGGAUGCCUCCCGAGGCUUUCAUGGAAGGGAUAUUUACAUCAAAAACAGACACAUGGUCCUUUGGUGUAUUGCUGUGGGAGAUAUUCUCAUUGGGAUACAUGCCUUACCCUAGCAAAAGUAACCAGGAGGUUCUGGAAUUUGUAACCAACGGAGGAAGGAUGGAUCCACCUAAAAACUGCCCUGGCCCUGUAUACCGCAUUAUGACCCAGUGCUGGCAGCACCAGCCAGAAGACAGGCCAAACUUUGCCAUAAUCUUGGAAAGGAUCGAGUACUGCACUCAGGACCCAGAUGUCAUCAACACUGCUUUGCCAGUAGAAUAUGGCCCGUCGGUUGAAGAGGAAGAGAAGGUAGCAAUACGCCCAGAAGAUCCAGAAGCAAUUCCUCCUCUGUUGGUUUCCUCGCACCAAGACAGAAAGGAUGAGAAGCAAACCUUGCCAUCUCCACCACCCCUGCCAUCAGCCAUCACUGCAGGAAAAGCUCUAGGGAAAGCAGGAUCCUUGGAGUCAUCAGUCCCUGGGAAGGUGCAGGCAGCCUCGGGUGGGGGACAUAUCAACAUGGCCUACGCCCAGUCCAACCCCCCUUCUGAGCUGCAUAAAGGCCGAGGCUCCAGAAACAAGCCUACCAACCUCUGGAAUCCAACCUAUGGUUCCUGGUUUGCAGAGAAGCAGGCCAGCAAAAACAAACCUCUGCUGGAGAAAGAGAUGCCUGAGAGGGAGAACUUAGGACACGAAGGAAACUGUACUGUGGGGCCCAACAUAGUGACUGGCAGGCUACCAGGCUCCUCCCUGCUAUUAGAGCCAUCCUCCCUAACAGCAAGCGUUAAAGAAGUGCCUCUCUUUAGGCUCCGUCACUUCCCCUGUGGGAAUGUCAACUAUGGAUACCAACAGCAGGGCUUGCCUUUGGAAGCCUCCACGCCAUCUUGUGCUAGCGGUUAUGAGGACCCCACCCUUAGAAACAAGAGCCACAUAUCCCAGCAGGGGCCCUGAGAGCCCUUUACUCUCUCGACUUUCCCCCCUGUAGUCCCAAGCCUUGAAGAAAUAUCCUGUUACCCACUACACCACGAGCAAGUGAUGUGAGGCAUUACCUUCUAUUUGUGCCAGCUUGCUCUAGAAGUGCCACCUUUGAACCUGUAAUUUCAAAUAAUCCAAGAGGCUUCAAAUCACCAGAGCCCCAGUACAGUAAAAUAAGUAAGGAGGAGGGAGGGAGGGUACAGGAAACAAAUGUUAACUGCAAGGCCCAGCUUCCUGUUGCAUUAACUCAUCUGCAUGGUUGUUGUCAUGCCCUUCCUGUGAGCUUCUCUCAGUUCUGCGUUCUCUGCUUAAGCGUAAAGCCACGGCUCGCUGCCUUGGAUGUUUCAUGUCUGGGAUUUUCCAUGCCAAACUUAUUGCUGAGGAACACUUGGAGAGCACCUGCAACUGGCAGAGGCCAGAACAGGUUUGAGGAAAGCGUCCUUUGUCCAAACUGAAAAAGGAGAUGACAACUUUGGAUGGUGAUGCAAUGGUACAUUCCCAAGUUCCAACUACAGUCUUGUCUUUGAAAGUCCUUGAAUGCACAGCGGUUAUGGUGUCACUGGCAGGGCAAUAGGAAGACUGGUCAGAUUACAUCACUUGCAAGAGACAGCAGGAAGCACAGAGGAUGGGUUCUGGCUUGGAGCAGGGGUGUUGUUUUUCUGUGUUUUUUUUUUUGUUGUUUGUUUUUUCUCCUGUGCUUAAAUACUGAAAUGGAGUAAAACCCAUAAAGUUCAUUCUGUUCUACAAAUGAAUGUCCUUCAUCACAAACUUGUGCGUGUCAAGUGCAACCAAAGUGAAGCUUUAAAGGACCGUGGUUAUGAGAGAAACUUUAACUGUGCCCUGAAGAUGGACUGCCACCUGCAUAGCUCAGACAUUUAAAGUAACCUUCAACAUACCCUGUACAAGCAAGAACAAGAUAAAGGCAGAAGAUGACAUCGUGCCACAAUCUAGAUACCAGAUACUGUCUGUAAUUGAAGGGCCGAGAGCCCUUGUUUCUUUAACAAAAUGUGUGUAUGAUAGUGGUUUAAAAACGAGCACUGCAUUGACUCAUUUUGUACACCUUGUGCAUGACAAAUAUUCCAGUAAGUGUACUGUCAAACCAUAGACGUAGGCAAUUAUUCAUGUGUAAAGAUAUGCGUUAGUAACUUCAACUUACGGUUGUAAGGAGCUGUUUUAGCAUCAGUGCAGUCUGAAAAGGAGGUGCCUAUCUCCAUAGAAAGGAGCCUCCUGAAGCAUCAGCAAAGGACUAUGGAGGUGUUCUUCAGUCCAAGAAAUUUCAGUGAAGUGAUUCUGAAUCUGGCCCUGGCUCCAAAAACCGAGGUAAGUCAGCUUCCUGUCUGCUUAAGGAAAUACUGUUAUUCACAUAUAAGAGCAAUCUUCAUUUAAAUGUUCUUGCUUUCUCAUUUUUGAAAGGGUUGAAGCUCCUCGUUGUUUUCUUUAGCUCAUCUUUGCAUAGGAGCACACAGAUUGUUUUGCUCUCUUAUGUGUCAACAAGGAGCAAGCCUGCCCUGUGUGCUGAUGGGCAUUAUAAAAGAAUACACAAGACAAGGGAAGUUGCAAAGUAGGCAGUCGUUGCACUGGUUUGGGCUUAUUUUAAUGUAAAAAGCAUUAUUAAUAAUGCCUGAUUUCCUCUGUCAAGAAAGUAAUGAUUUCCACCUGAGCAAUACUUGUUACUUUCCCACCUCCAAUUAGCUGGGGCUGUGGCAGGAGCCACCCAACAGUCCUGCCUCACCUGCCUCUGAGCUGCACUUCUCCUGCAGUUGUGCACUGGGUAAAGAAUUACUUGCAGGAGUUUAUGCGGAGCUGGGGAAAGGAAUUAAGAGGCUUUUUCUAUGGGCAGUC